AUGAUCGCUACUACAAAUGCUGUAACAGGAGCGGGUUCUACUGAGGACUGUGGUCGACGUGAGGACACACCGCCGGUGGACGACAGCUCAGACGCCAGCUCAGACGUUGGCUCGAUAGAGUCCGAGCAUCCAGGGCGGCAAUAUGGACCUGAUGGCACAAUAGAUCUGGAUCGGAUCCGCAACUGGCGACACGUCUGCCGCAUGAGUCACGGAUCUGCUUGUAACGAUGACUACAAAGAGGCGUUGUCAAAACAACUGCGCAGCCUCAUCCUGAUUGACGUCGUAGAUGGCUGCCUGGUUGAGUCGGGUAUAUCAGUAACCUACAUCGCCUUGUCGUACGUCUGGGGCAAAGUCAAGACGGUGCGGUUGCUGCAGUCAAAUUUCAACGACCUGAAGAAGCCUGGAUCUUUGCGCAACCUUGCCGUCCCAGACACGAUCCGCGAUACUAUGCAACUCGUACUUGCGUUGGGUGAAAGAUACGUGUGGGUCGACUACUUAUGCGUCGUCCAAGAUGCGGGCCCGGCAGAGAUGGCCAAAGUGCUUGGAGCUAUGGCUUGCAUAUACGCGAGCGCCGACUUCACCCUUGUGGCCGCUGGAGGUAUGGACGCAAGCCACGGGCUGCCUGGAGUAGGAGGUCCAGCUCGGUUACGCUUAGCUUCUGACCCAAACGAUGGACACUUCCCGUUCGACUCAGUGUGGGCAUCUCGUGGUUGGACUUUCCAGGAAGCGGUGUUCUCGCGUCGACUUUUGAUAUUCGAAGGUACUGUAUCCUGGGUAUGCGGACGAUGUCUGUGGCUCGAGAAAUCGAACGAUUCGCCCUCUAUAGAUCAGAACGUCGUGUGGCCUGCAGAACGCAAACACAUCGGCUACCCCAUGGGCAUGAUGUCUACCGUGUCGUCAAUGCCGUCACUGCGGCUAUGGGGUCAGCUAGUGGAAGACUAUUCGGCACGCAACCUGACGUUCGACGGAGACAUAGUACGAGCAUUUGCAGGAGCAACUGAAGUUAUUCGACCUACGUUCCCAGGUGGCGUAAUCCACGGAUGUCCACGGUUCUUCUUCGACAUAGCACUACUCUGGCAGCCCAGUGCCGCUCUGACACGCCGCGACGAUCAGCCAAGUUGGUCCUGGUACGGCUGGAAAGGCGAGAUUGGUUGCCUCACAGAGUGGUUUCCGUUCUAUCCGGGAGUUUACAGAACAAACCAGUAUCGGCAUUGGAAUCCCAUGGCUACAUUGUCGCCGAUCGCAAAAUUUGAGGUACACGGACAAAUCAACACAUGGAUGAACGGCUUCUACGAGUACCAAGCCCUUCGUGCCUCUUCUGAAGCGGCAACGCCAAAGGGAUGGAAGCGACAUUCUCAUCAAGAGGCUGACUACUUCACGCACACUUCGUCUGAAGAAGACAAGUAUACGUAUCCAUUACCUGUAGUUGGCGAAUUCGAAACUCCCGUCGAUGCUGUCGACACCGCCGUCCUGCACUGUGUUGCACCCAAAGCCACCCUCUACUUUGGAGCGACAAUGAUGAAGGAGAGGACAAACUACAGGGAACAUGUCCGUCAUCGGUUCGUACAGUUGUUGCACGCUGACCAAGUCAUCGGGGCGCUCAUCGUGACCAGUGGGAUAAGGCACAAAGUGGCGAGAAAUACCUUGUGUGAUGUUAUUGCCAUUUCGGCGGCGGAGAUUCACCACUCUGAUCGGCUGAAAGAGGAAUCUGAUCUGUACGCACAUAUGUGUGAAAGCGUCUCUACACAGCCUCGCUGCAUUUCAAGCUAUUACAAUGUUAUGUGGAUCAUCUCGGUGGGCGAUGUCUUGCAUAGGAAAGGCCUUGGUAUAGUUGAAAAGGUAGCGUGGGACCUUCUGGGAUCUGAGACUGCUACGAUCAAACUUGGGUGA